AUGACAAGCAUCUAUUUUGAAACGCCCCAGUCAUCGAAGGAACAGGAGAGCCUUGAUGAGGGAGGAAAAGUGGCUGAGCGCGAUAUCGAUUCGGCCAGCAUGCCAAUUGCCCGAGUUGUCCCCAUUAACGCCAAAUUCCGAAGAGAACGCGUCGACUCGGAUGAAACCAGCGCCGAAAACCUAAUGAAACGACCACUGGAGCUGUGGGCGUCAUGGGCUUGA